AUGGAAGGAAUUGAAGGGGUUGUUGGGAUAGUGGGCAAUGGAGGCAGAGCUACCUUUGGAAUUGUGGGGAUGGUGGGAAAUGUAGGCAUUGGUGGCAAAGAAGGGAUCUGGGUACUUGGGAGAGGUGGCAUUGUGGUGGGUAUUGGCAAGUUGGGAAUAGUUGGCAGAGGGGGCACCUGGGUUGGCAGCGGUGGCAAUGUUGCCAAAGGCAAUGAUGGCACUGCCGGCAAUGGAGGUGGCGGAGAGAGAAAAGGGAUUGUGGUGGGGAUGGAAGGAAUUGUUGUUGGGACGGUGGGCAAUGGAGGCAGAGCUACCUUUGGAAUUGUGGGUAUAGUGGGUAGUGUAGGCAUUGGUGGUAAUGUGGGCUUAGGCAAAGAAGGCGUCUGGGUAUUUGGCAGUGGUGGUAUUGUAGUGGGUAUUGGCAUGUUGGGAAUAACCGGCAGUGGAAGCACCUGGGUCGGCUGUGCCGGCAAUGGAGGCAUUGUGGCCUUAGGCAAGGUUGGGAUUGUUGGGACAGGCAGCACAGGUGGUGGAGCUGCUGUAUCCAGUAGACGGCGAGCCGCUGUGAUCGUACUGAUGCUUGACAAUGACAGCGCCACAAUCAAAUACAGGAGGAACGAGUGUGUUGAAGCAGCCAUGGUCAGAAUAAAAGAGAAGACACUGCUAUAG